AUGGCGCGGACCGCCGCCACCCCCAACGAGGGCUCCCCGGCUGACGUGCUCGACGCCGGCUGCCUCGCCGAGAUCUUUGGCCGCCUCACCGACGUCGGCCUCUGCCGCGUGCGCAGUGUGUGCACCUCGUGGCGUGCCGCCGCCUCCAUUCCGGGGAUUUGGCGCGAGGUUUUUGCGACAAUGCACGGAGAGCACGCUCGGCGGUGGGCGCCGUCGCAGGACCCGCUCGUGGACCCACCCGGCGGCGACGAGUGGCAAGUGCGCUGCGCCCACCGCCGCCAAGCAGCCUCCAACCGGGUGGCGGGGCAGGCGACCUACCGCAAGCUCCCGUACGAGAUGGGCCACUCGCCCACCGCCUCGCCCUUCUACGUCGCCUCGCUCGCCAUCGACGGCCCGUGGCUCGCGCUCGGAGAGUUCGGCGGUUUCCUCACGCUCUACGACCUGCGGGCGAGCCGGCGGCGGUGGCGGCGGCCGCACGCCCUCCCGCAAGGCUUUGUGGAGAACGGGCGCGAGGACCUGUGCGUGGUGAGCGCGGCGAUGGUGGACGCGGUCGGCGGCUGCGUGGGCAGCCUCGCCUCGGGGAGUGGCACGCUGCUGGUCCGCUGCCUCUCUUCUGGCCAGCUGCUGCACCGGCUCGACCACUCCGCCCUGCUGGGAGGGCUGGCGGACGCUCUGCCGCAGCUGCCACCGCUCACCUUUCCAGGAACCUACUUCAACAUGCCGCAGUGGCGGACGGAGUGCGUCGUCGCCUCGCUCUGCCUCUACUCGGCCGAGCGGCUCGGGCCGGAAGCCUCGCGAGGCGGGAGCAGGCAGGGCGGCGGGAGCAAGCAGGGCGGCGGGAGCAGGCAGGGCGGCGGGAGCAGGCAGGGCGGCGGGAGCAGGCAGGGCGGAGGAAGGGCCGGCGGAGGCGAGCCCGGCGGCGGGCCGAGGUGCGGCGGGCCGGGGUGCGGCGGCCCUCUCCGGCUGAUGAGCGUGGCGGUGCUCGAGAAGACCUCGCCGACGGAGCAGGACCUGACCGAGUGCCUCUCGAUGCUGUGCCUCUCGAUGCUAUGGCUCCUCCCACCGCUGCCGCGGCCCGGCGAGGCGGCCGCAGAGGCAGGCGGCUCCCGAGAGGCGGCCGGGGAGGCGGAGCUUGCGGUUGCGCCGCCGCAGCUGCUGCGCGCGCGAGUGGGCGCCAUGUCGGAGCAGGGCGGCGCCAUGUCGGAGCAGGGCGGCGUGGUGGCGGAGGCGCACGAGCUGCUGCUCCUCGAGCUCCUCACCCUCCUCCCGCUCGGCCGUGCGAGCCUGCACCUGGCGAGGGGGAGGAGGGCGACUCGAGCGUCGCGGCGCACCUUCUCGAGCCGCGACGCGUACCGCCUCGCCGAGAAGGGCACACCGAACGCGGACAUGUACAGCCUCGCCGUCGAGAAGGGCGUGCCGUACGCGUCUCUCCAGCGCCGCUCGCCGACCUCGUGGCUCGUGCUGCUCGAGCUGCCCGUCCCGCCCGGCCUCGGCCACCGAGGCGCCUUCCUCGAGGUCUGGAGCGUGACCUGCUCCCAGUCCGCCGAGGGGCUGCGCGCGCAGGCGGCGGCGUCGCAGCCACCGCAGCAGGAGGCUGCUUGGCCGGAGAAGGCCCUGCACGCCGCUCCUCCGGCGGAGGCUUCCCUCCUGCAGGUGCUCGACCUCUCCUACCCGCAGCAGGCCCUCUGGACGUCGCAGGCGCCGGUGCCGCGCGUCGACUGGCCGCCCUUCGACCGGCACCGGUCAGUCUUCCUCCCGUACCAGCACCUCGCCCGCGAAGGCUUCUCUACCUACCAGGAAGGGCGGGAGAGGCCCGCGCUGCUCGAGCUCGACUCUGGAAGGCGCAUCCUCGGCCGCAGCUCGUAUGGAGCACAGCCCGACUACUACACCACG